CCAUCAAAUGGAUUGACUUCCAAGUUCUUGCGACGAUUUAUGUCGGUCUUGGAACAGAUUUUCGGGUCCUCUGAACUCGAUGUCGUGGUCCCAGAUACCUCGCUUGAAUACCCCCCUCCGCAAGACACCGCAGACGAAUGGCUUGCGCGCACGCGAGAUGGAUCGGUGGAACGAACACAGGCUUUCUUCGACGAAGAAUUACAGGCUCUCCUCUUAAUCCGUAUCGACCAUGCCGCUGUCUCUGCCUCCCGCGACCCACGCAGUCCGCCAAAAGAGCUCCUCACAUUUCUGUCCCAUCUCCAGAUCUCCCUCGAGGCGACGUAUAUAGCUAGCAUACCAGUCAGUGGUAAUGGCUAUCCCGAGACACCGGGCACCGCUAGGCUUGGAAACCCACCACGGACCGCAUCGUUGGCGUUGCCGACCAGCAAACUAGGCAAAAAGUCGAGCCAUCCGUCUAUUUUCCCGCCCAAUACACCCAACCCGACACCAGCGUCAGCAGAUACUGAUAAGCGCUACCUCAAGUCAGAAGGUACGCUAUUGCAGGCGAGCAUCUGGGGGCAGAGCACAGCGGAGGAUUCGAAAGAAGCGUUCUCGCUGGUCUGGUCAGCAGCGGAUGAGAUGUGGGUCGCGGUUUAUAGACUGGGGCUGACCGUAUCGUUCCUUCGACUUGCUGUGAGCGAGCCGUUGUUGUGCUUGACAGUCUCUGUAACGUUGCGAGAUCGUCCGCAAACGUUGACGCGGUCUAAUCAUCCUCUUGCGCUCUUUCUUGCUUCUGUGGAGUUCCAACCUUUGCCUUCUGGAACUGCACCGUCAAGCCCUACAACCCCGACUACAAAUGGCGCGUCCGAAAAUCACGACGAAAACGGGCUGUCUGGGUUACCAGAAGUUAAUCUCUUAGAAGGCCUCGGUGCAGGCCCUUCUUUUCCCAGCUCUUCUCUGGGCCUACCGACAGCAAGACUGGGUUCAGUCUCGCGUCUAAAGCUAUUCACAUUACAACCUCUUGCUCCCCGAACACCACUCCCCACUCCCUCACCCACUCCUAUGUCCGCUUCGGGUCGCUCGCAAACUGGAACUCCCGCUCCCGCAACACUACGUAAAAGCUUCAGAAAAACACUGCCUACUGUCUCUGGAUUCAGAGUCCGGAUGCGGACUGUGUUUGUCCCAGCUGUCUUGUUCCCGUCUGACGAGGCUCAAAACUCCGAAGAGGAAACAGACGAAGAUCGAUUAGAAGCCGGGACCGAUGAGCGGACGGUUGUGCUCUGUGUCGAAUUCGAGAAUUCUGGGGAUUCGGGACGGGGGGCCGGAUUCGAGGUCGAGCGAGUAGAAGUCAAAGUGGGAGGAAGUGAGGAAUCAGAAGCUCGCGCAGUGCUCAUCAGUUGGAGUCAAGAAGGCGGAACGAAGGACGGCAAAGUAUUUCCGAUGCGUGUUGCAGCAAGUGAGCAGUAUAACUUGCUCUAUGCGGUAUCGUUUCUCCGUUCUCCUGAUGAGGCUCUCGCAAUGGGCUUUGUCAAGGAUAGUGGAGCGAAGGAAAUGCUACAACGGGCUGUAACAAUUGGCAUUCACGGCAAACCGUACUUCAUCCCAUAUUCAUCCCCCUACUCUUCAACCCCCACCCCAUCAGCUGAAUACCCGACAAGAACAUUCUGCUCUAAAUGGAACUGUGUACUUGAUCUGUCUUCCCAACCACAUCCUGAACCUGAAGACGACUUCGAAGACGGUGACAUACAGUUACAGAUCCCCAAUGUCCUUCCUGAACCAGCGUCACCAUUUCCGACCAACCCGCAACCCCGGCCAGAUAGUUUUGUUAGUAUACGAAGUGAUACUCCCCCUAGUGCUCUUGGUAGUGCGGUCGCGCUUUCACCGGUUCUCACAACACCCCAAACUGCUGGGCCAGUCAAACGACACACCCUUCCUGGGGGCCAAGCCAUUGUCGCCGCUCGUGCUUUGGCUAAGACCGCUGGGACAGGCAAAGGCUAUCGUGCUUCAACAUCAAUGCUAAAUCCUCUCAAUAGUGCCAGAGCUGAUAUGCACCCACCACGAUCCUCUUCUUUUGCCAACAAUGUAACCACACCAAAUGUUGUCCUGCAAAACCCAGUGCCCAGAUCGCCAGCUCCCGGCGCCACGCGGCUUUCUGUCGACCCAGAUUACCAACCACCAGUACCAAUGACCCCAGCCUACCCUUCUUACCCGACCCGAUCUGCACUUCCACCUACACCACCCGCUGUCAACGCACAAACCAAUUCUCAGGGUAUGUUCCCCGGAGGAGUCGGGAGGAGCGUCGAAAUUAGACGAGAGCGGGGAAUGGCCGUAGGAACAGGGGCAGUUGUCGGUGCACCACCAACACCGGGGCCUGUGAUCGCCGUCGCUGGCGGGAGUGGAUUCUUUGGUAUUGGGCCCAGUGUCUCGCAUCCAGAAGGGAUCAGAGAAGAGGAGGAGAUGGAGAACGAGGAACACGAUCACGUGCCGGGUCGGGUGCCUAAUGCGCCACGAAGCGGCGAGGCGAUUGUCGUGUCUGUUGGGCUCCUCGCGUCAGGGGCACAUAAGCUGAAUGCAGAUCUGGGGAAAACUGCAGUCAACGGCGAGGAGAGUGAUGAGGUCCAUCGAAUAUUCCCGUUGGACCAUUUCACGCUGGACGUGUUUGUGUUCAACCAGAGCGAGUGGACGAGGAGGUUUGAGGUCACAUGUCCGACGGACCGCAGGAGGGGAAGGGCGAGAAAUCCAGGUGAGAAGGCGCCAUCUCCGGGUAUCGUGCCCCUGGACAAUCGCGUACGGAUAGGGCCGUUACUCCCCGCUGCUUGCCAGUCUGUGCGCAUGGAAUUCCUUGCGGUCACUCCUGGCGUCCAUUCCAUCGACACAUUGACAAUCACGGAUGUUGUGACGGGGUACUCGCUGAACCUGAGGUCGGUAAUGGACAUUGUUGUGCACGAGCCUGGGGAUGUUUAA